AUGGCAGCAGUCGACCGCAUCGAGGCCAAAGGCGGGAUUGACAUCACCAACGAUGAGCCCGGCGAGACUCGCUACUUGGAUUUCCCACGCUCGAACGAAGUCAAUGGCACAGAUGGCAAGCCCAUGCUCAAUCGCUACAGCACUUAUCUCACCCGCGAACAUGACUUCCCCGGUGCUCAGGCCAUGCUCUUCGCAGCCGGCAUCCCCGACCGCACCACUAUGCAAAACGCACCGCACGUCGGCAUUGCCAGCGUCUGGUGGGAGGGAAACCCCUGCAACAUGCACCUCUACGAUCUCGGCAAGGAAGUGAAACGCAAUGUCGAGCGCAACGGGGAUAUGUUGGGAUGGCAGUACAACACCGUUGGCGUUUCGGAUGCUAUCACUAUGGGUAAUCAGGGCAUGCGGUUUAGUCUGCAGACUCGCGAGAUAAUUGCGGAUUCAGUGGAGACGGUGACAUGCGCACAGGCGCAUGAUGCUUGUAUUACGAUUCCGGGUUGCGAUAAGAACAUGCCGGGGUGUAUCAUGGGGAUGGCGCGGCAUAAUCGGCCUGGGUUGAUGAUCUAUGGGGGCACGAUUGAUAAGGGGUAUAGUAAGUUGUUGAGGAAGCCGGUGAAUGUGGCGACGUGUUAUGAGGCGUUUGGAGCGUAUCGGUAUAAUAAUCUGAAGCAGCCGAGUGAUGAUGGGGGGCCGACAAACGCGACGCAGGAUGAAAUUAUGGAGGAUUUGGAGGUCAGCGCGUGUCCAUCGGCGGGGGCGUGUGGAGGGAUGUACACGGCGAAUAGUAUGGCGACGGCGAUUGAGAGUAUGGGGUUGAGUCUACCGGGGAGCAGCUCGACGCCGGCGACGAGUCCUGCGAAGAUGAGGGAGUGUGCGAGGGCGGCGGAGGCGGUGAGGGUUUGUUUGGAGAAGGAUAUUAAGCCGAGGGAUCUGUUGACCAAGAGGUCGUUUGAGAAUGCGCUGGUGAUGUUGAUGGCGUUGGUAGGGAGUACGAAUGCGGUGCUGCAUUUGUUGGCGAUGGCGAAUACGGCGGGGUUGGUGCCGGAGUUGACGCUGGAUGACUUUCAGAGAGUGAGCGAUAAGAUACCGUUUCUUGCGGACAUGGCGCCUUCGGGGCGGUAUCUUAUGGCUGAUCUCUACGAUAUUGGUGGGAUUCCGUCGGUGCAGAAGUUCUUGAUUGAGGCGGGCCUGUUGGACGGUGGUAUCCCGACGGUGACGGGCAAGACGCUGGCUGAGAACGUCGCGUCGUGGCCCAGCCUGCCGCCUGAUCAGAAGAUCGUGCGGGCUCUGGACAAUCCGAUCAAGAAAACAGGCCACAUUCAGAUUCUGAAGGGGAACUUUGCGCCUGAAGGUGCGGUGGCGAAGAUCACAGGCAAGGAAGGGCUGAAAUUUGAGGGCAAAGCGAGAUGUUUCGACAAGGAGUACAUGCUGAAUGAAGCACUCAACCGUGGCGAAGUCCCUCACGGAGAGAAUCUGGUCCUGAUCGUCAGAUAUGAAGGGCCUAAAGGCGGUCCUGGUAUGCCUGAGCAGCUCAAAGCGAGUGCAGCGAUUAUGGGUGCCGGAUUGAAGAAUGUGGCCCUGGUCACUGAUGGCAGAUACUCAGGCGCGAGUCAUGGCUUUAUCGUUGGGCAUGUCUGUCCGGAAGCGGCCGUAGGCGGGCCAAUCGGGCUGGUGAAGGAUGGUGAUCGAAUAGUGAUUGAUGCCGAGAAGAACGAGAUCAGCAUGGACGUUAGUGAGGAAGAGCUGGCAAGAAGAAGGAAAGAGUGGAUGCCGAAGGCGAAGGAUGUGACGAGAGGAGUGCUAGCGAAAUAUGCUAGGUUGGUGGGUGAUGCUAGUCAUGGUGCUGUCACAGAUCUGUGGUGA